AUGAAUGAACUGAGACUGAAGGAACAUUUGUGCGACAUUGUGCUAAGAGUGGAAGAUUGCAAAUAUCAAGCUCAUAAAAUAGUACUAGCAGGUUGCAGUCCAUAUCUUAGGGCAAUGUUUACCAACGGAAUGCAGGAAACAGAGCAAUCGUUGGUUGAGAUCCAUGGUAUGGAAGCCAAGACAAUGAACUUGCUGUUAGAGUUCAUGUAUACUGGUCUCCUGGAGAUUAACAUAGCUAAUGUUCAGGACAUUCUUCAAGGUGCCUCUUUAUUAGGACUCUCAGCCCUUAGGACCAAUUGCUCCCAAUUUUUAGAGGGUCAGUUAGCUGCUUCUAACUGCUUAGGAAUCCAUUAUUUCGCUGAUAUGUACGGCCUUACAGAACUAGCUUCCUACGCUCGGCAAUUCAUGUUCCAAAACUUUCUGGAAAUAGUUCGCUCUGACGAAUUCUAUGAGCUAAGUCAGGAGCGUUUAUUAAACCUGCUCAACAGUGAUAAGCUCAGAGUUGUGAGUGAACACCAAGUCUUUGAGGCUGCGUGUGCGUGGAUACAGUAUGACCCUGUGGGCAGGUCGCAUUGUGCAUGUGCAAUUCUCCAAAACAUUCGCCUGGCCUUACUGGACUUAACAUAUUUGGAGAACAUUGUCAUAAAGUCUGAAUUUUUUAAUAAUUGUGCAAAGUGUCAGCUUGUGAUAAGUAAAGCGAUAAGAACACAGCAAGAUAAUGUUGCCAUGGAGAUGAUCACGCCAAGAGCUCAGCCACCUUGUAUCUAUGUGGUAGGGGGACGUAACUCUACUGACUGUCAGCUAUCCAGUAUGGAACGUUACGAUUUUCUUACAGAUAGAUGGGUGGCUAAUGUCAACUGUAACAUGAACAUUGCUCGUACAGCUGUUGGAGUGACCUGUCAAGAGGGACUACUGUACGCUAUAGGAGGAGAAUGUGCUUUAUUAGAAACUCAAGAGGACACUCUGUAUCUUCGCUGUGUAGAAUGUUUUGAUCCUGUCAUCAAACAAUGGCUGCCUAAACCAGAAAUGAAAGUUGCCAGAUCAUUUGUGGCUGUGGCAGCUGCCAGAGGGUGUAUUUAUGCCAUUGGUGGAGAGGAUAGAUCAUGUAGCUAUAAUAUAGUAGAAAAAUAUGAUCCUAAAGCUGAGAAAUGGAGUUUUACAACAAAUUUAAAGCGUAAAAGAGCUGGAGCAGGGGUGGCCGUUUGUGAUGGGAGAAUAUAUGUGGCAGGAGGUUUUGAUAAAACAUUACAUAUGGAUAGAGCCAGUGUAGAAUGCUAUGAUCCAGAUACUCAAGACUGGACGUUUGUGGCUGAAAUGGAGAAAGGUCGAUCAGGUCUUUCGUUAGUCACAUGUGAUCAGUUUAUUUAUGCCAUUGGUGGAAGAUUUCGGCAUUUAGACCAAUAUUUUGACCUUGUGGAGAGGUUCAACACAGUCACAAAACAAUGGACCACCAUUACUCCCAUGAAUACAUCUAGAGCUUGGCCAGGUGUUGCUCUAUUUGAUGGCCUUAUAUACGUCCUAGGUGGGUUUGAUGGACAGAGCAGACUAUGUAGUGCCGAGGUUUAUAACCCGGAAACAGAUCAAUGGUCCACCAUUAAAGAUAUGAAUAUUCAUCGUGCAGGUUGUGGGGCUGGGGUGGUAUAA